AUGAGUCAAAUCAUUAAAUAUACCAAUGAGGCAUUGGACAAAUACCAGCCAUCAACUAUCGUCGCUGCCACUGCUGCAGUCACAGCCGCAUCCCUACUUGUCUUUACAACUGUUAGUGAUAGAGACUUCCAACAGAAUAUAAAGAGAAAGUUAUUCUCUGCAGUAAAGAAUGUACCAGCUGUAAAGAAGGAGAUUAAGAAGCAGAGAGCAAAGGUUAAGGAGGAUUUGAAACAAUCGUUCGAGACUGAUACUAGUAACCCUCACUUUACUCUGCCAGAGAGUGGAGUUGAUCAUAGUGUGAUCUUGCAUCAGAUGAGUCAGUUGAUGACCAAGGACGAGGAGAAGUGGAGCAACAGCAAGGUCAGUGGCUGUGUGUAUCUGGGCGAGCGCGAGCACACCGAGCUGCUCAACCAGGCCUACUCGAUGUUCUCGCUGUCCAACCCGCUGCAUCCCGGCGUCUUCCCCAGCAUCAGAAAGUUCGAGACAGAGGUCAUCGCCAUGGUCGCCAACAUGGUGAACGCUCACCCCAAGGUCGUCGGCGCCAUGACCAGCGGUGGCACGGAGAGCAUCUUCAUGGCCGUCAAGGCCUACCGCGACUUCUACAAGGACAGGAUUUCGCGACCAGAGAUCGUCGUGCCUGUCACCAUCCACGCCGCCUUUGACAAGGCCUGCGGCUACUUGAACAUCAAGAUCGUGCACAUCCCACUGGACAAGGAUUACAAGGUCGACACCAAGGAGAUGCGCAAGGCCAUCAACAAGAACACCAUCAUGAUCGCCGGUUCGGCCGUCAACUUCCCACACGGAAUCAUCGAUGACAUCCCCGAGCUGUCCAAGAUUGCCAAGGAGCACAACAUUGGUCUUCACGUCGACGGCUGUCUCGGUGGUUUCGUGCUGCCCUUUGCCGAGGAACUCGGCUACGACAUCCCCGUGUUUGACUUCCGUCUGGACGGUGUCACAUCCAUGUCGAUCGACACCCACAAGUACGGCUACGCCUCCAAGGGCACUUCGGUCGUGCUGUUUGGCAACUCUAAGCUCAGACGCGCAAUGUACUUCACCGUCGCCAACUGGCCCGGCGGUAUCUACGCCUCGCCAACCAUGCCAGGCAGCAGACCAGGCGGUCUGGUCGCUGCCUGCUGGGCAUCGCUCGUCGCACAAGGUCGCGGUGGCUUCAGAUCCAAGAUCAAGCUGGUCAUGGAAACCACCAAGAGGAUCAUCACUGGCCUGCAAGCCAUCCCCGAGAUCACAAUCAUUGGCACACCCAAGGCCAUGGUCAUCGCCUUCACCGCACAGAACAUCUUCUACAUCAACGACCUUAUGUCCAAGAAGGGCUGGCAUUUGAACGCCCUGCAGCUGCCCAGCUGUCUGCAUCUGUGCGUCACUGCCAAGCACAUUGGCAUCGACGAGGUGUUCAUUCAGGACCUCAAGGAAUCAAUUGCCGAGCUCAAGUCAAUGGACAAGUUGCCAACAGACGGCAAGGCACCAAUCUACGGAACAGCUGCAUCCAUUCCAGACAGAGACAUGGUUGGCACUUUGUUGGCCGACUUUAUCGAUGUACUUAUUACACCAGAUCAGAAGCCAGCUGUUGCUGCCGCCGCCGCUUCAGUGGCCGCAGUUCAAGAGCAACAACCAGCACAAGAGCAACAACCAGCCACUCAACAACAGCAAUAA